AUGCUGCUUCGUCGCGCACCCGCCCUGGCCGCCGCAACUGCCGCUCCGGUGCGAUCACUCCACUCGACACGCAUCGUCCGCGCCGGUGCUUCCUCCUCCAGCGCCGCCGACGAGGAAUACCCAAGCGAGAACUUUGGCGCUCCCAUCUGGCGCUACGCCUUCCUCGGCGCCAUCGCUACUUUCGGCCUCUACCGCAUCUCGACGCUUCACGCCGACCCUCAUCCUUCUCGAGCUUCGUCUUCGGGCCGUUCGGCACCGGGCAACGAGUCGGAAGACAACUUCCACGACGACGACGCAAAGCCAUGGCUCACCCGAUACAUCGAGCACUGGACCACCUCGCCAAGCGUAUGGAAGGAGCGCAACGCCAGGCACCUCGAACUUGUGAAGGAAAAGGCCGAGGAGCGUCUGCUGUUCCAGGAUGCUGAACGUCCACCUGUUCACCGAUUGCGAUACACUCAGUGA